CCCCUUCGUGCGGUCGGGUCCCGCCCCACGUGUGCGCCGUCCGGGGUGUGCCAGAGCGGUGGUGGAGCGCGGGUCGCACCAUGUCCCUCGAAGCCAUCCGCUACUCGCGGGGCUCGCUGCAGAUCCUCGACCAGCCGCCGCCCGGGCGGCGGGCCCGGCGUGCAGGGGCGCCCGCACCUGCAGCCCCCGACUCCCGCGUCCCUCCCCUGCAGGUGCGCGGCGCCCCCGCCAUCGCCCUGGUGGGCUGCCUCAGCCUCGCCCUGGAGCUGCAGGCGGGCCGGGGGGGACCCGGGCUCGCCGCGCUCGUGGCCUUCGUGCGCGACCAGCUGGACUUCCUCGUCACCGCCCGGCCCACCGCGGUCAACAUGGCCCGCGCCGCCCGCGACCUGGCAGACGCGGCGGCCCGGGAGGCCGAGAGGGACGGCGCCACCGAGGACACGGUCCGGGAGAGAGUGAUCCAAUGGGCUGAGGACAUGCUGGAGAAGGACCUCCGAGACAAUCAGAGCAUCGGGGACCUGGGAGCCCACCACCUCCUGCAGCGGGUGGCCCCCCAGGGUGGCAAGGUGACCGUGCUGACUCACUGCAACACCGGCGCUCUGGCCACUGCUGGCUACGGUACAGCCCUCGGUGAGUACACAUCUUUGGCGAGAAGGGAGGGCCUCCCACAUGACUACCACCGGGGUGUGUCAGCGGUGGUCGUGGGAGCGGACCGCGUGGUGGCCAACGGCGACACGGCUAACAAGGUGGGCACCUACCAGCUGGCCAUCGCGGCCUGGUACCACGGCGUCCCCUUCUACGUGGCCGCCCCCAGCUCGUCCUGCGACCUCCGUCUGCAGACGGGCCGGGAGAUCGUCAUUGAGGAGCGGCCGGGCCAGGAGCUGACCGACGUGAACGGGGUCAGGAUCGCGGCCCCCGGGAUCGGCGUCUGGAAUCCUGCCUUCGAUGUGACCCCCCACGACCUCAUCACCGGGGGCAUCAUCACCGAGCUGGGCGUGUUUGCCCCCAGUGAGCUCCAAGCAGCCCUCAGUGCCACUGUCCCCUCAGGAUGAGGGACCCUGGAUGGACCCUGGGUGUAGCCAGCCUGGCCCUCCCAACCCUGCCCCAUGAUCCGAAUUUUCUAAUAAAGUUCUUAAAUGGUCUCC